AUGGUUGUUGGACGUAGCGAGGCUGGUGAUCAUACCGCUGAUGAUCUUACUGUUGAAGUAAGGGUUGAAGCUCUUGAAGCUGGGCCACUUGAUGCUGUAUAUGCAUGUAACUCACCAUUCGAUUGGAGGGAAAGAAGAGGCAUUGAAGAAUUAGAAGCAACUGCAAAAUCGUAUGCUGCCAGUGGCGUGGAGUUCUUUGUUAUGAUGAUGUACUUGUCUGCUACUCCUUUGAAUAUAGCGGCUGGUUAUAUGUAUGAGAUGACUACCCAAGAACUCUGGGAUCAAUUGGCAGAAGAGUACGGGACGCCAAACAACAAUUUGUUGUAUGAACUCAGGAAGAAUCGUUUAGGAAUUGUGCAAGGGGAUAAUUCCUUGGUCAAAUAUCAUAGUAUGCUGAAGAGAGUUUGGGAAGAGUUUUCUCACUAUAGGCCUAUUCCAGAGGGUUGUUCUCUGGCUGCUGUUAAGGUUUUAAAGGCAAGGGAUGAGGAAGACAAGUUAAUUGACUUCCUUAUGGGUCUCAAUAGCAGUUAUGAGUCAAUGAAGGAUCAGAUCUUGCUGCUUGAGCCAUCUCCAACAGUGAGUAAAGCCUUAAACAUGUUACUAAAGGCAAGUAAGAAGAUCAAUCCAACUGCUUUCAUUGCUCAAAUGAAUGAAACAACUGCUUUCAUUGCUCAAGGAAAUGUUCAGAUCAAUCCACAGAGUUUUAGCGGGAGUUUCAAUUCUUUAAAUAAUGUUGGUGUUCAGGGUGGUUCAGGAAGUCAGGUUGAGAAUUCAGCCCUGUAUAGCAAAAACCAAAAUGUUCCAGGGAAAAGGAAUGGACAAGAAAAGGAUACACCCUUGGAGAUGAUUGACAAUGUGAGCAAUAGCUGGAAUCCUGUGCCUGCUUUUCAGCCUGGUGGUCUUAACUGGAAUGCAAUGGCUCAGCAGCUGAACUUCUUGCAGCAGGAAUUCAACAAGUACAGCAAAGGGAAGCAACCACUUAAUCAGGAGCACAACCAGGUCAAUUUUGCCCAUAUCAGUGAUUUUGCAGGACCUAGCGACUGA